GAAUGCUGCAUCUCUAUUCCACCCAUGGAAAUGAUCCUGCAACAUCUCAGGACGCAGCUAAUCCGGCAUGAUCGGCAUUUCCAUCCGGGUGAAGUUCACAACGUGAGAUUGGACUGACCAUUGCUCGUACGUUACGAGACGGAGCCGUGUAGAUAAAAUCAAGUCAGUAGUAAUCCGAUGUUGUACACCCGCUCUCAAAUGUUAUCUAUCUUCAAGGCUAUCUCAGACCCCACUGAACCGGCAUCAUCACGUCUUGAUCUCGAGCGUUUCUUUCUCGAAUUUCCUGCGACUACUGUGUAACUAACUCUAGCACGUUUGGUCACUCAACUUACAACAUGGCAUCUGCUGCAAAAAUCCCCCUCAUCGACAUCUCCGCCGCCGGCGAAGAUGCCCAGCUCAAGGUAGCCAAGGAGCUGGUCGAUGCCGCCGUAACGCAUGGGUUCGUCUACAUCAGGAACAACGGUGGCCAUUUCCCACCAGGUGCCGUAGAUCGUGCUUUUGGCCUGGGCAAGAAGAUAUUUGAGGCCCCCCUGGAAGAGAAGGUAAAAUGCACCAUCCAGAAGAACAACCGCGGCUGGGGUGGCAUCAAGUAUGAGACGCUGGAUCCCAAGAACCAGAAGGUCGGCGAUCUGAAGGAGGCCUUCAAUUUCGGCACCUUUGAGAACGGAAAGGCCCAGCAGCCUAUUCCAGACAGCGUGGCUCAGUACGAGAGCCAAUACAGCGACUUCUUUGACCUCUGCUACGACCUCUCCCUGAGGCUAAACCACCUCCUGGGGAUCGGUCUAGAGGUCCAACCGCCCACCUUCUUCCGCGACCGCCACCUGCGUGAGGGCGGGCCCAGUGGCAACAUCCUCCGCUUCCUCUACUACCCGCCAGCCAAGUCCCUGGGCGAGGACGGCGAGGGCGCAGAGGACGUCCGCGCGGGUGCCCACUCUGAUUACGGCAGUAUCACCCUCCUCUUCCGGCUGCGCGGCCAGGCCGGCCUGGAGAUCAACCUGCCCGACGGCUCGUGGGCGCCCGUGCCCGUCAGCCCCCCCGGCACGGAGGACGACCUCAGCCCGCCCAUCCUCGUCAACAUCGGCGACCUGCUGAGUUACUGGACCAACGGGCUGCUGCGGUCGACAGUGCACCGCGUCAUGUUCCCCAGCGGGGGCCUGCUGGACGGGGAGAGCGAUGCCGAGCCGCGGUACAGCAUCGCAUUCUUCUGCCACCCCAUCGGGUCCACGACGCUCGAGCCGGUCCCGAGUGAGAGGGUCAAGUCCCAUGUUCCCACCGACGGCGCGGAGUGGGCGGCGCGUGGGGCGAACCCGGAUGUGGAGAGGAAGGCCAUCACUGCUGAUGAGCAUUUGCAGAUGAGGCUGCAGGCGUCCUACCUGCAGAUGUAUGACAAGGAGAAGCAAUAG